GAUAGGUUCUUUCUUGACGAUAUUAUUACUAUCUAAAGUCCCAACAAGCGAUAAGUCGUACCAUGAAAAUGAACUAUGAGCUUUAUGAAACAACAUAAUAAGUUUAUUCAAUUUUUAACCAACUGGUUAUAAAUUACUUUGGCGUAUUCAGAAUUUCGAGUGAAUUAAUCGUAAUUUAUGCAGAACAGUGACAAGCUAAGCAUCAGAAGCAGAUGAUUCUGUUGAAAAUCUUCAUUUCACUCCUACCUUUCUUAGUUAAUAGUAAGAACAUUACAAGAAUUCGGUUGUAUCCAUCACGUCAUAACCUAUCCGCCUAUAAUUCACUUGACCAUUGGUGGAAUUUGUCAAUCAAAAGUUUAACAGAUAAAUGGUCAAGAAGAUUAAAUUCUUCAGAGAGAAUAAUCCCUGAGACUUUAGAGAAUUAUCAAAAUAUUGAAUAUUAUGGAGAGAUUUCUAUUGGGACACCACCGCAAGAAUUUCAUGUGAUAUUCGAUACAGGAUCAUCAUAUUUGUGGAUUCCUUCGUCGAAAUGUAAAGAUUCUAACACAGCUUGUCAAGUUCAUCACAAGUAUGACAGUUCACUAUCUUCGACUUACAAAGAGAAUGGGGAGGAGUUUUCAGUUGAGUAUGGUACUGGAAGAGCAUCAGGAUUUUUGAGUUCUGAUGUUAUUCAUAUAGGUGAGUUAGAUGUUGUGGAUCAGACAUUUGGUGAGGUAACUGAUGAACCUGGUUCAGUCUUUGUACCAUUUCAUUUUGAUGGCAUAAUGGGUAUGUCUUUUGAGAUAACCUCAAAAAAUUCUGCUGUAAAACCUGUAUUUCUUAACAUGAUUGACCAGAACUUGGUAGAUGAGGCCAUAUUUUCUAUUUAUCUCAGUAGAUAUGAAGAUAAAACAACAGGAGGAGAAGUAGUGUUUGGUGGCGUAGAUGAAAAUUAUUAUACAGGUGAUAUAACUUACUUAGAUUUAGUAAAUCCUGAAUACUGGAUGGUUCACUUUGAUGGUUUAUCAGUGGAUUGUAAAGAAUUCUGCCCUGGUGGGAGUACAGCACUAAUUGAUACAGGUACAACUUUGAUAUCUGGUCCAAGCAAAAGGAUCAAAGAAAUUAAUAAAUAUCUUGGAAGUAAACAUACUGCCAAUAAUGAAAACCUCCUGGAUUGUGAUAAAAUACCAGAAUUACCAUCAGUUGAAAUAGCUUUAGGUGAUAAAACUAUUGUUCUACAACCAGAUGAUUAUGUUCUUGAGAAAAUUGUCAAUGGUUCACAUAUAUGCAAAAGUACUUUUAUUGGUAUUGACUUUUCAACUGGUCCAUUAUGGGUAUUUGGUGAUGUGUUUCUGAGGAAAGUUUAUACUGUUUUUGAUGUUGGUAAUAAACGCAUAGGAUUUGGUGAUGUCGCUGGGAUGAAAUAAACUUUUGCAAAUAAAAGUAUUAUUUGAAUAAUAACAAUGAUAAUAAUAAUUCCAAAUUUGUUAUUUUCAUUAUUAAUUAUAUCCGAAAUGGUUCUUCUUACUUAAAUAUGGACAGAGAAUAAAAGGGGAACCAUUGUAGAGUUGCUGCCAACUAAAGUUAUAUAUUUUUCCAUGAAAUUAAAAGGGUGAAUAGGUAGGGAA